GAGGUGGGAGAAGUCAGCCACCACACAGCAGGGUCGGUGUUAUAAAUGUCAGUCUCCCAACCAUUAUGCCCCACAAUGUCCUAGCAAGGAUGAGCCCAUGGUCAUGGAGUCAUCACUGCCUACCCCCACACAUCCCGUUUUGAGGGGGCUGGAUCAACACUGUUGGUUAGCAGAGAUAGCCCCAGCCUCAGAGAUUCCGGUGCGAGUCGAAGGACAAGAUGUGGUAGCUAUUCUCGACUCGGGAAGUAUGGUUACGUUAGUAGAGGAGCGGAUGGUGACCUCCGCAACACUGCUACCAGACAAAGUAGCCGUAUCCUGUAUCCAUGGAGACACCCACUAUUACCCCACUGUGAAUCUGCCUAUUCUCACUCCAAAAGGAAGGUGUACAGUCAGGGCAGGGAAAGUGCCCCAGCUGAAGGUGCCAUUAUUGAUCGGGAGAGACUGUCCCCUAUAUAAGGAGCUUCGGCAGAUGACGUUAUGCACGGGAAGAAGGGGGACAGGAAAGAAGAGAAAAGCCAAGCCCGAGGUAGUAGUCCUACAAGGAGACGUAGCCGCGUCCUCGUCCUCUGCAGCAGAGGAAGAAAUAGCGACCCAACGUUUACGACAGAUAUUCCAGGAAACCACUGAUGAAGACACAUGUGAAGGGUUAUACACAACGCAGGAAGGAAGGAGCAACCAGGCGCUAAGGGAUAUAUUUGAAGCUCCAUCCGAGGAGGGAACCUGGAAGGGAUUCUCCUCGGUCACCCCUGAUGGGGAUGUGGAACAUCCUCCACAUCCCUCUACCGAGGUCGACCUGCCCCAGGAAUUAAAGGGACAGUUCGGCACCUCGCAGCAUAGAGACCCAGACCUAAGGGAGGCCAUGAGGAAGGUGAAGGUGAUCGACGGGAGGAACGUCGACGGAUCAGGUGAGCCCCCUCUUCCUUACUAUGCAAUCAGGCGGGGUCUCUUAUACUGGGUCGUACGACGAAGGGAGGAAAACCAGGAAUUACUAAUGGUGCCUAGGCCAUACAGGGAUACAGUUCUACAGUUAGCCCAUUCCCACGUCCUAGGAGGACACCUGGCACGAGACAAGACUAUUGACAGAAUCAUGCAGAGAUUCUAUUGGCCCCGGGUCACCCGGGAUGUGGCCAGGUAUUGUAGGACGUGUGAUCAAUGUCAACGUACAGCCCCACGGCCACACCUACGUAACCCUUUGAUUCCUCUCCCCAUCAUAGAGACUCCCUUUGAACGCAUAGCUAUGGACCUCGUAGGACCCCUCCCAAAAUCCGCCAGAGGACACGAGUACAUCCUAGUGGUUAUAGAUUACGCUACCAAGUUCCCGGAGGCCAUACCCCUGCGUAACAUGUCGUCAAAGGGAAUUGCCAAGGAGUUAUUCCUGAUGUUCUCUCGUGUGGGCCUCCCCAAGACUAUCUUAACCGAUCAAGGAACCCCGUUCAUGUCCCGGUUGAUGAAGGACUUGUGUCGGUUAUAUCAGGUUCAACAGAUACGUACAAGCAUAUUCCACCCUCAAACAGACGGGUUGUGUGAACGCUUGAACAAAACGAUUAAAAGCAUGUUAAGAAGAGUGGUGUCCCGAGACGGGAAAAACUGGGACAUGCUUCUCCCACACUUAAUGUUUGCCCUGCGAGAAGUACCCCAGGCAUCCACUGGAUUCUCUCCGUUUGAAUUGCUCUAUGGUAGACCCUGUCGAGGAAUCCUCGACUUAGCCAAGGAGACCUGGGAGACCCAACCAUGCCCCUUUCGAUCCACAAUAGAACACGUUACCCUGAUGAGAGACCGCCUGUCAGCAGUGUGGCCCAUAGUCAAGGAGCAUAUGGAGAAGGCCCAAAGGACCCAAGGCCGGGCCUAUGAUAAGCCCGCGACCCCCCGUGAGUUCACCGUGGGAGAGAAAGUGAUGGUGCUUGUGCCCACGGCCGAACAUCGCUUGCUGGCGCAGUGGAGGGGGCCCUACGAGGUAAUGAAAAGGGUCUCACCGGUCAAUUACCUCAUCAAGCAACCUGACAGGAGGAAAAAGGUCCAACUCUAUCACAUAAACCUGCUGAAGACGUACCAUGGACGAGAGGAGGAGGUGGCUUUGAUGGCCCUGGAGGGCAAAGGAAAAGAGGAGGCUCUACCACAGGUGCGCCGUGGCCAAACUCUCCUACCGGAGCAGUCAAGACAGCUAGACAAGCUGAUUAUGAACUUCGGUCGAAUAUUCUCUCCAUUCCCAGGACAAACAGAUGUCCUGUUCCACCAUAUCCACACUGAACCCGGCAAGAAGGUGCAUAUCCGCCCUUACAGGAUUCCUGAGGCUCGCCGAGUCAUCGCUAAGAAAGAGGUGAGGGAGAUGUUGAGGAUGGGCGUGAUCGAGCCCUCGACGAGUGAGUGGUCCAGUCCCAUAGUCCUGGUCCCCAAAUCCGAUGGUAGUAUGAGACUCUGCAACGACUUCCGGGGCGUGAAUGCCAUCUCUACAUUCGAUGCGUAUCCCAUGCCCCGUGUGGAUGAACUCUUGGAGCGCUUAGGAAAGGCCAAGUUCAUCACUACCCUGGAUUUGACAAAGGGAUAUUGGCAAGUGCCGGUGGCUCCAGAGGAUCGCCCAAAGACUGCCUUCGCCACCCCAGAGGGGCUUUUCCAGUAUGUGAGGAUGCCCUUCGGACUGCACGGUGCCGCUGCAACUUUCCAACGCCUCAUGGAUGCCAUUCUACGGCCCCAUCAAGAGUAUGCAGCGGCGUACAUAGACGAUGUGGUCAUCCACAGCGAGGACUGGGAUAGUCACCUCCUGCGAUUACGGGCGGUGCUCGUGAGUUUGGAAGCCACAGGGUUGACAGCCAAUCCAAAUAAAUGCUGCCUGGGCCUGUCCGAAGCGGAAUACCUGGGGUACACCGUGGGGAAUGGGAAAAUACGCCCACAGGCAGAGAAGACCAGGGCAAUUCGUGACUGGCCUCGACCCCGGACCAAGCGAGACGUUCGGGCCUUCUUAGGGAUAACAGGAUAUUAUCGCCGUUUUAUCCCGGGAUAUGCAACCAUUGCCAACCCCCUCACAACCCUCAUCAGGAAAAACCUGCCAAACCAGGUAGAGUGGAAGGACGAGACGGAAGAGGCCUUUCAAUUGCUGAAAGAUGGCCUGUGUUCUGAUCCCGUUCUACAGGCUCCGGACUUCUCACAAGAGUUCAUUGUGCAGGUCGACGCCUCGGAUACAGGGCUCGGGGCCGUACUAGCUCAGGGUAAAGGUGAAGCAGAGAAGCCGAUUCUCUUCAUUAGUAGGAAGCUCAGCGAUCGGGAACAGAGGUAUGCGACCGUAGAGAAAGAGGCCUUAGCCAUCAAGUGGGCCCUCGAUUAUCUCCGGUACUACCUACUGGGUCGGAGGUUUGCAUUAGUUACUGACCAUGCGCCCCUCACGUGGAUGGCUGGUAAGAGAAACAAUAACAACAGAAUAGCCAGAUGGUUUUUGUCUUUACAACCGUUCUCUUUCCAUGUCAUCCACAGGGCCGGAUCGAGGAACGGGAAUGCAGACGCUCUGUCCCGACGCGACCAAGACGACGAGUAG